AUGUCUGGCACGCGCAAUGUUAUCACCCGCAAUCGAGGUACAGCUACUGCCGGUAACAUCAUCGUCGUCCUGGAUUCUCAAAGCAAUGCGUGGAGUAUCGACAUCAGCAAUGCUGCAAAUCUGUGGCAAUCAUAUCCUGCUACAACAGGCGGAAUUGAUAUGAUUGCAGUCGGCGACACUUCCGGCAAUAAUACAGGCUGGCGUUUGUUCGGCCUCAAAAAACCGAAUCCUUCUUUGUACUGGCACCGGCCUCUCAGCGACCACAGCUCGCCCUGGAUCCAAGGUAAUCAUGGAUUUGCAGACUCCCCACGGGAGAUGACGAGCAUCUCCUUUGGUGGCUCAAGUGACCAGUUUGUCUUCGGAGUCCUGACUGACGGGAACUAUGCGGUGACCCAUUUUCCCAGCGGUGACUGGUGGAAAAACUGGCAUGCAGAUAUGGGGCCACAGAAGCCUACUCCAAUCAUGCAGCUAGUAACGUGUGCUUCAAUGAAUUAUGCACUUGAUGCAAACGGUGUAGUGUUUUCUCAAACCUUGUGGCCACCGGGUGUUUCGCAAUGGCGUCGCUUGACGCAGCCCGGAGGACAAACCGUACAGCUUGUUGCUGCUUCGAAGUCAUACGUAUGGGCAUACACCGCGCAAGGACAACUUUGGAACAUGCACUCCGGUGACUCAACCGGGGCCUGGAUCGGUUAG